CCGCAGCAGCCGCAGCUCCCGGUGCGCAGCGCUCGGAGCCCCGCCGGGCCGCGCCACGUCACCGCCUUUCCGCCCCGCUGCCCGCAGCACCGGCACGGCGUUCUGCGCCCCGUCCGUGCCGUCGAGUAAAUGAGCCGGCGGCAGUCCGAGCGGUGCCCUGCGCCUGCCCGCGGGCAGUGCCGAGCACAUGCGCUCUUGGCCGCGGAGUUAACGAGGAGUUAACGCUGUAGCGCGCUGCUAAAGCAGCGAGGGAGCGUUCCGGCGGCAUGAAGCGUAGCGACACGUCCCGAUAAAGUUCUGCGAACGCAGUCAGGAGCCGGGACGGCGCGGAAGGUAAGAGCCGGGCAGAGAGUUGGCCGGAUAACGAGCGGCAAUAGUUUCCUUCUGUGCGGAGGUGUUGGGUUACAGCGCGAGGCUGGGCGGGGUAGGGAGAGGAGAAGGAGAACCUCACCCUGCCGCCUCCCCGCUCCUUUUCCUUCGGGCUGCCCACAGCGGAUGGGCGAGCGGAGCGCGAUGCUAACGGGCCCAGGGGCCGGCGGGUGUUGGGGGGGGCUGCCACGCAGGCAGGGAACGGCGGGCUGCCGGGGCUGCGGCUGAGGCUCCCCCCGCGCUGCGCUGAGCCGGGCAGGGAAGGGGACCGAGCCGCCCACCCCCAGGCAAGGCGGCCCGGACUCGCCCGGGGGGCUCGCGGGGAGGAUGAACGGGCUGCGGAGGCUGUUCCGCGGCAGCGGCCGGGCGCUGGCUUUCGUCUUCGUGGCCUCUGUCAUCUGGCUGCUCUUUGACAUGGCCGCGCUCCGGCUCUCCUUCGGCGACAACGGCGCGCGGGCUGCGGCGGAACGGGGACGGCGGGAGCGGGAGCGGCCCUGGAGAGCCCCCCCGGAGUCGGAAGGCGGCAGCCGCCGCGACCACAGCCUCCCCAAGGCCACGGCGGCGCGGCUGGCAGCGGCCGCGGGGUCUCGCGGGGGCGCGGACGGGAGGAGCGUGCCGACGACGGCAGCGGGGGAGCGGGGGCCGGGCGGGGAGCGGAGCCCCUCGGAAUCGGCAGCCCCGAGCGGAGGAGCGCGCCCAGGGGGCUCGGUGGCGGCGGUGUCCGUCCCGCACAACGUGGCACCGGCGGUCAGCGCGGCCCCGGCACGGACGGAAGACGCGGUGGCGGAUCGGACCGUUCGCGGGGGCGGAGAACCGCGGGUGCCGCCGAGCAGGGCGGGAGGCAGCGCUCCGUCCCGCAAAGCCGCGUUUCCUGCAAAGCGAAAUGGGACGGAGGGAGCCGCGCACGGUGCCCACGGCAGCCCGCACACGGGGGGGGGCGCCCCGACGGCCCGGGCAGCGCGGCACGGGGAGAGCAGAGGGGGAGAGAAUGCAGCGUCUCCUUCUGAGCACUUUGUCCUUAUUAGCAAAGAGGGGGUCAACGUGAGCAACCCUGCAGCCCCCAACUUCGGCUUUGACUCUGAGGGACACUUCACCCGGAGCCAAGCACUGCACCAAGUACUGGGGAGCAAUGGCACCUCUACCACACAAGCCUCCAGCAGCACUGCAGCACCUCGCACCCCAGGCCAUGGCACCUCCAGGGCAGCAGCAGCGGGACCAGGGGCGGCCCCCGAGCUGGGUGGGCAGGAGGCAGCAGGCAUCGGCACUCACCGAGUCCUGGCCAUGGAUGUCACGCUGGCACCCAGAGACCCUCAGGCACCCGGGCAGUUUGGGCAUCCGGUGACAGUCCCCGAUGACAAACAAGAAGAAGCCAAAAGUCGAUGGAAGGAAGGAAACUUUAAUGUCUUCCUCAGCGAUUUGAUCCCAGUGGACCGAGCUGUAGCAGACACCAGGCCUGCUGGGUGCUUGGAGCAGCAGGUUCACAACGACCUGCCGACCACCACCAUCAUCAUGUGCUUCGUGGAUGAGGUGUGGUCCACACUGCUGCGCUCGGUGCACAGCGUGCUCAGCCGCUCCCCCCCACAUCUGCUCCAGGAGCUCAUCUUGGUGGACGACUUCAGCACUAAAGACUACCUCAAGGAGAAGCUGGAUGCAUACAUGUCACAGUUCCCGAAGGUGAAAGUCCUGCACCUCAGAGAAAGGCACGGUCUCAUUCGGGCCCGGCUGGCGGGCGCACAGGUGGCCACAGGUGAGACACAGCCAGGGCAUCCAGGGCUCCCCAUGUGGCCCAGCAUGGCCAAGGGCUGCCGGCACGCACCCAGCGGUGCCACAACUCCUGCCCAUAGGCACCGUGCUGACCUUCCUGGACUCACAUGUGGAGUGCAAUGUGGGCUGGCUGGAGCCACUGCUGGAGCGUGUCCGCCUGCACCGUGCCAGGGUGGCCUGUCCUGUCAUCGAGGUGAUCAGCGACAAGGACAUGAGAUGAAGAGAACUUCUGAUGAAGUUUGUCAGAAUCUUGUUUUAAUUAGCUACAUGACUGUGGACAACUUUCAGCGUGGGAUUUUUACUUGGCCGAUGAAUUUUGGAUGGAAGCAGAUUCCACUAGAAGUCAUUGAGAAAAACAAACUUAAGGAAACUGAUAUAAUAAGGUGCCCAGUAAUGGCAGGGGGCUUAUUCUCCAUUGAAAAGAAGUACUUCUUUGAGCUGGGGACGUAUGACUCAGGACUGGAUGUCUGGGGAGGUGAAAACAUGGAGCUUUCAUUCAAGGUCUGGAUGUGCGGAGGAGAAAUUGAGAUCGUCCCGUGCUCCAGAGUCGGGCACAUCUUCAGGAACGACAACCCCUACUCGUUCCCGAAGGAUCGGGUGAGAACGGUGGAGAGGAACCUGGCGCGCGUGGCUGAGGUGUGGCUGGACGACUACAAGGAGCUGUUCUAUGGCCAUGCGUACCACCUGCUGCCGCGGCGCGCGGAGCUGGGCGACCUGAGCCAGCAAAAGGCGCUGCGGGAGAGGCUGCAGUGCCGCAGCUUCCGCUGGUACCUGGAGAAUGUGUACCCAGACCUGGCGGCUCCCCUGGUGAAGGCCAGCGGGCUGCUUGUGAACGUAGCCACGGCACGCUGCAUUGCCGCGCAGAACACCUCUCUGGCUCUGCAGGCCUGUGAUGCUAACAACAAGGCGCAGCACUUCAACUACACCUGGCUGCGGCUGCUGCGGCACGGAGAGCUGUGCGUGGUGCCUGUGGGUGCUGCGCCGGGACUGCGGCCCUGUGGGGGCUGGGAGAGCGACCUGGCCUGGAGGCACAGCUCCAUGGCAGCACGCCCUGAGCUGGCUGAGCACCUUGUGGUGCAGCACCAGCAUCCACCUGCCUGCCUGCUCGUGCACCCAGUGCUGCUGGCCCUGAGGCUGGGUGCAUGCAGUGCCACCAACCGCUACCAGCAGUGGAGGUUUGGCAGUUACCAUGUGGCGUGAUGGAGCACUGGGCCACUGCAAGACAUCCAGCAGCAGCGACAGAGCUGAGAGUUCCUUUCCAAGCCAGAACUGAGCCAGCACAGAGAGAGCUUGGAGCACCCUGUGUAGCACAGCUGGCAUAAGGACAUUGGAAAUGUGGUUUUCUUUCAACUGUGAGGCAAAAAACCACAUCGUUUUCUGUGUUAUUAAAUAGAAAUAUUUUCUGAAAUCCUCUGUCUUCUCAUAAGCUGACCUUUUUAACAUCCCAGAAGCAGCACGUGCUGACAGGAGUACCUCUGGGCUCCCUGCUCUGUGUGCAGCCAGCAGGGCACUGUGGGGUGGCUGUGGGCACUGUGGGGUGGCUUCGACACUGCAGCUGCACAUUGCUGUCCAGCAUUUACAGGCUGCUGCAGACCAGCUCACACUUCUCCUCCGAGUUCAAGAGGCACAGCGUAAUGUUACCCUUCACAUUGAGGAUCAGUGCUGACAGCACUUGACAGCCUGCGUCUGCCAAACCAUUGACUGCCCUAACAGAUUUCCACAAUUGGCUCCUGCUCCAUAUGUCUUCCUGAUUUUAUCUCCCCCCUUUGGUGCUGCUCGCCUGCAGUCACUAUCAGAAAAAUUGCACAGAUGUUGUUUGUGCAGUCAUGUUGUAUCAGGAGCAUGAAUUUCAUUAAAUGCUGUUUGCUGACAUUCAA